ACAAACUUGUACACCUGUCUUGGCUUGUCGUCCCAUUGUCAGUCAGUCAGAGUUCGACCAUCGAUCGAAGAGGUUCUGUUCAGUGACAAAAAGUGAUACAUUUGUUUGGAUUUCUCGGAGUUUGCACGUGGAUCUAUAAUUGAAAGAUCCAAUUCGAAAGCAAUAAUGUCUGAAAACGCCGUCAAAGAAAGUAUACUGCAGCCGACGACACUACAAGAGGCAAUAAACAUUAUUAAAUUCCUUAACACAUCACAUAAGCAAGAGGUCGCGCGACUGAAAGAAGCGCACGCGAAACAAGCCGAAGUCAUAAAGAAAUUGGAAUCCACAAGGAAAAAGGAAUUGGAAUUUUUAUCAAGCGAACUGCAAAAAUACGAAGUCAACUUAGCUUUAAGGACAGAAUCUGUUGCAAAACAAAUCGCUGAAAAAGAUUUAAUUAUACAGAAACAAGCGGAAACUAUUGAAGAGUUAAACAACAAACUUAAACUCCACACCGACUUGAACAUAAGCGUACCAGAAAUAAAUAUACUAGUCGAUUCGAAUUCUGACUCAGGUGUUGCGUUAGAAACCGAAGAGAGUAACAUCAAAGCUGAGAUAAAAACUGAGGUCAAAGCCACGCGAAAAUGUAGCAGGAAAUUCGGCGACACAAUUAGCUUUCUGCGAAGAGUUGAUUUCUCGCCUAUGAAAUACAAACCGUGUAAUAGAGAAGGUGGUAAAAAGAAAGAUGAUAAGAAAAAUAAAUUACAAGUACCCGAUCAAGAUAAAAGGGCAUUGAAUCGUCAAUACAGUAAUGAAAAGUCUUUGAGCGACGACGAAAGGCCGACUGCCGAUGACUCAGUUUUCUCAGACGGUAGCAUAGAACCUUUAGUAUUAAGGCCGAAUAAAAUGAACGACAGUAUGAAUAAUCACUUCUCUGAUGACGGUAGUGAAGAUACUAGUGAAGAAAUAUUCGAUAAGGUGAUGACUCGAAGCAACGUGAGAAGGUCAGUCAAAGCGAAUCCUAAAUAUAAAAAAAUAAAUCGCAGUAAAUCGAAAUUGUUAGAGCAAGUUAAAGUAAAUAUUGUUGACUGAGUACCUAAUGUAUCUAUUAUAGCUGUAUAACUACUAAAAAGUGCAAUGAUGAAUUCAAAAUAAAAUUUUGUAUUUCUGUA